CUGAUCCGGACAAACAUGGCAAGACUCCGGAGGAAAGCUUGCAUAGUUCUGCUUCUCUUCACCAUAUUCGUCUUCGGUACCAUGAUGGGACUGAGGACCCUGAAGCCCUCUGACGGCUUCUCGGAUCUGGCUCCAGGCUUGGACUUACUGCCGAUGAUAGGAGGGAAAGUGGACCGUCGCUCCGUGUCCCGGGACACCACCUCGUCCCCGGUUCAAGCCCAGCAACCUGCAGGCAGCAACACCAAAGCAGUUUUGUCCAACUCAGGUCCCGAGGGGACUAUAUUUUACGAUGUUCAUAUUUUUUACCACAUCUGGUAUGGCAACCCCAACAUGGACGGUAAAUUCAUUCACUGGGACCACAUCCUUGUUCCACACUGGGACCCCAAAAUCGCAUCCAGCUACCCGAGAGGGAGACACAUGCCGCCCGAAGACAUCGGCGCUAGUUUUUACCCCGAGCUUGGUCCGUACAGCUCCAGAGACCCAGACGUGUUGGAGUCCCACAUGGAGCAGAUCGGAGCGUCUGCAGCAGGGGUUCUGGUCCUGUCCUGGUAUCCUCCUGGCCUGGCUGAUGAUAACGGGGAACCUGCUGAGGAUUUAGUGCCAGUUCUACUGGAUGCUGCUUAUAGGCACAACCUCAAGGUUGCAUUUCACCUCCAGCCAUACAGAGGAAGAAACGACCAGACUGUGCAUGAAAACAUCAAAUAUAUCAUAGACAGGUACGCAGACCACAGCGCCUUCUACAAGUUCACUACCAGCACAGGGAAGAGUCUUCCUCUCUUCUACAUCUACGACUCCUACCUGACUCCGCCAGAGUCCUGGUCCGAGUUCUUGACUCCCACCGGCUCCCACAGCGUGCGCGGCUCUGCCUACGACUCCAUCUUCAUUGCCCUGAUUGUGGAGGAGCGCCACAAGCAUGACAUCCUCGCAGGUGGCUUCGACGGCAUGUACAGUUACUUCGCCUCCAACGGUUUCUCCUUCGGCUCCUCUCAUCAGAACUGGAAGGCCAUCAAAGCUUUCUGCGACGGCAACAAUCUGCUCUUCAUCCCCAGCGUUGGCCCGGGUUACAUCGACACCAGCAUCCGGCCGUGGAACAACCACAACAUGAGGAACAGGGUGAAUGGUCGGUACUACGAGACGGCUCUGCAGGCGGCGCUGAACGUGAGGCCGGACAUGGUAACCAUCACGUCUUUUAAUGAAUGGCACGAGGGGACGCAGAUAGAGAGGGCAGUGCCUAAAAAAACAGUGACCCGUGUGUACCUGGACUAUCAGCCACAUGGACCUGAUCACUACCUGGAGCUGACCCGGCACUGGGCCGAGCAGUUCAACAAGGAGAAGGAGCAGUGGCUCAUGUGAGCGUGACUUGAAUGGUCGUGGAAGUGUGUUUACAUCAAAGAGAGAGGAGUGAAUGUAGAGACUGAUCAGGAUGGGUGUGUUUAAGAACAUGCUUUUACCUUUUACUGAUGUCAAUGUGAGAGUUUCUGCGUGUAUGAAUCUGCUCACAUGCUGAUCUGUAAGAAUACGAUGUGGUGUGGGAGGAGUGACUGUUUUGAAGUUGAGUAGAAAUAAAGGAUCAUUCAGCUGAAUUUGAUCAUUUUUUUAACCACAGAUAAGACUUGUGAGCGGUUCAGUAGGCCUGAUUCUGACCUCUGUUCACUGAAUACAACUGAAUGAAUUGUCUCAAGGUCCUUGUCUGACGUCUUAUAGUAAUAAAAACGUGUCAGGAGGAGA